CACUUUGUGAGCCUGUGAGACUUCAGGCAUGUUCCCUGGCCGACACAAUCCCUUGUUUAUACUCUAUCUAGAGAAUCACUUCUCCAGUUGUCAUCGCAUUUGGUUGCACCAUUUCUUUGUUUAUACUAGAAGUAAAUGCGUUGUGUGUUAUUGUUCUAAGGGAUGAACAUCUCGUACAGCUUGAGGGAAAGCUGGGCUGUUCUGUCUGCUCCAAAUGUGCAAAAUGAAUGUGUUACAAUCACCCAGCAUGUAACUUAUUAUAAAGCACAAAAAAAACCUACCUUUUUGAAAGAUCAACUUUUGAACUGUGCUGUAUGUUCUGGUAUAACAUGUACACAGGACAACUGUACUGGAAUUUUGAGUUGUUUAGAAGGAGUUGCAAUAAAUUGCAUGUAGUUAUGUUUCUGCAUGUUUUCCCAAUAAUCACGUGAUUUAUUCAUUUCCCUCCACCACCCUUUUAGACUGAAGAGCUGGUGUCGAAAUCUCUAGAGAUGUCUGAUGAGAGUGAGCUGCAGGAGCAGUAUGAGGAAGCCCUGCAGUCUGUGAAGCAGCUGGAGGUCCAGCAGGGGGUGCUGUUCUUCAAGGUGGACUGGCUGCAGGACGUGUUGGAGGGGAUGGAGGAGCAGCUUGCUGAGGCGGAGAGGCAGAGCCGAGACGCAUACCAGGAGAUGGAGCGCGAGAGACAGGCCAAGAGAGAGCUGGAAGGAACAGUGAGGAGGCUGCUGCAGGAGCUGGAGAGGCUGAGAGAGGAGAAUUCCACCAAUCAGGUCACAAUGGUGGAGAAAGCUUGCGGGACAGAAGAUCUGGAAGGAAGCUGGACUGUGAGGGAGGAGAGAAAAGGGAGAGACGGAAGUUAUGGCGAAAGACAAGGAACAUGGGAAGGUGGAGGAGGAGGAGAGAGAGAAGAAAACAGAGAUAAAGAGAGAAUCCAGGAAGAGAACAACCAGGAUCUUAAAUACCAGCUUCCUGUUUAUAAAGCCAGGGCUGGCAACAUUCCAGACAUCCCCGAACCUCCCGCCGAAGUGAGUUCAGAAAACCAGGACGGGAAAUAUUCCAACAUGGGAUGGGAAAGAGAAGGAAAGACUCAUUUUAUAAAGGACAUGGAAAACUCCCAGCAAGAAAGGGUAGUUCUUGACAACAGCCAGGGAGCAGACUUGGAAUCUAGUGAGAGACUCAAGGAAGAGAGAGGGAAAGAGGAUGAUACAAAGGUAGAAGAGACUGCUGGAAAGAGGGAGUUGAAGGCAGGACCGAAGGAGGAUGAGCAAAAACCAGGAAAAUUGGAGACAACAGCCGGAGGAAUUCUGUCAUCCUUUUUUGGAAAACUAAGUGCGAAACCUCUAGAUCUCAAGACUGGAAACCCCCAACAGCUACAAAAAGAGGAGACAGCAGUCCUGAACCCUGAACACCAGGUGGUACUAGAGGGCAAUGGAAACACAGUGAUGGCAGCAGCAACAGAGAUGGAGCUUCAAGCAGGGAGCCAGCAUAGGAGUGCAGAUCCAGGACCGACUCAAACACAGUUACUGCUAGUAAACAGAGCGGAAUUGGAACGGGGUGGAGAGCAGGCACUGGGAGUUCCUAGCACUGCAACAGGAGAUGAAGAGGGGGUGGGAAAGGGGGGCAGAGAUAGAGUGCAAAUCACAAAGGGAGAAUGGAGCACGGUGUCCAUAGAUAGCAGCACAGAUUUAGCCACAAAUUCUGAUUUAAAUAAAGAUUUAUUCACGUCUGUAGCCACGGAUUUGGGGAAGACAGUUGCAGAGCCAGAGAAGGGGGUAGAAGGAGCCGUGCAGGAGAAGAUUGCAGAUCUCAAAGCGACGGAGGGCAAGGAGGAAGAUGAACGCACCAUGGUCAAACUCGAGAAAAUGUUCCACAAGACUUUUUCCAAGUUUCCCAGCUUCCGCCUUUCACCUGGUGAUGAAACAGAAGGGAAGCGGGAUAGCAUUGGGAAAAGUGGGAUCUUAGAAGAGGAGAAGAACAAUUCCAAUGAGGUAAAAGAGAUUGCUGGGAAAACCAAGGAAAGUCCUCUGAAACGGGAUGCCAGGGAAGCAACGGAGAAAGUCUUUUCGGAAAUUUCAGCUCCGAAGAUGAAAGAGGCUCGAUCUUCUUCCGGGGAGGAUGUCAUGCAGGACUGUCUGGAGAGGGUGGAUGGACAUCUGGAAUCGCCUUUUCUGGAUGCUAUGGGAAGCCCGGAAGCAGCUGAUGGGCAAAAGUCAUUCCAAGGUCAGGAAUCUACCCCAUCCAUGAAUUCCCCUCCAAGCGACCUCUCCCAGUCCCGGGAAUCUUUGAAUGAGAAACUCAAUUCCGGAACACAAGUUGGGAAUAGUCCGGAACCCUGCAGCAUCUCCUGAAACAUUCCCACACCGUUCCCCAGGGGUUUUCAAGUGAUGGAAUUACUUUAGAUUUGUUCACGUAUUUUAAGUUCUUGUUUAUAGAUGUUCACUUGAGGAGCACAGCUGGGACACUGUGUCACUCGCCCUCUGCCCGUCUCCACCCCGCAUCUCAACACUUUUCUUUGGGUUUUCUUAUAAAAUGCAGUUCCCAUUUAAUUUUAAAAUUUUAAUUUUUGAAAUCUGUGUAAAUAAUCAAAUAUAAUAAUGCCAUUUCUAGGUCUCUGAUAGUCCAGAAUGGUUUGUACCAUUUAGAAGACCACAACAAGCAUUAAAUCCUCAGUAGGACUGCUUGAAACUCACACUAGCCCAGCGCUGGGGUUCAGACACGCCUUCAAACAAGUAUAUCAUUGAAAUGAUCAGGAGGCUUAUGUUAAAUAAUGGGUUCCUCCCUUAUAGCUGCAUGAACAGCUCCUAUUAGUAAAUGAUCGUUUCCGAGCAUAUUUCCCAGGGUCCUAGCCCCUCCUGCUCCUGCUCUUUUCAAUAAUAUCCCUGCACAGGGGAAUGUCUGAAGCCUAGGACUGGGUGCAAGACUAGUGCCAGGUUCAGGACUUGGAACGCCCACCCCAGUGUAAGCUACAGUAGCAGACAAACGAGUUGGGGUCUCUAUUGUUAGCCACUGCUCUGAAACUUCACGCAAAAUGAUGCAAGCAUCAGCCAAAGAGUACAAAUAUCUCAUUUUAAACACUUCUGUUAAGGUUGGACUUGGACCGUUUGCAUGUCAGUGAUAGACAUGUUAAACCCCAUUAGUAGAGGAGGAGACUGAGCUGCACCAGUGACUUUUGAAAACCACCUUGAAUUCUGUUCUAAAAUGAUGAGGACUGUGCCAGCAGUUGGGCCCGUGCUAAACCCUUCCAUAGUUACCUGGGUGCUUUCCGAUCGGUUCGUUGAAGACAUACAGACUCCGGUUUUGAGAUUUGAUGAUCGCUUGAAUAUCUCCUGUAAUACCCAUCCUGUCAUUGUCUUCUCUGUAGGUGUAAUAACCAGGACUAGGCAAGCAGAACCCGUCACGUAUCUUUCCUCCAGUUAUCUGUACAGCGGCGUGCUCGAGCUAAUUCGGUGGCAGUUCUAGGAUAUUAUAAAUCACUGUAUUAAAGAUCCAUGUUAUCCUGUGUAAAAAUAGCUCUGAACUCACCAGGUGAUAAAGAGAUGUUCAUGGUCCUGAGAUACUGUUAACACCAGAUUUGAUUUCGUUACUGUUUUAACUUUUGUUUUAGCUGUUGUGUAAAUGAUAUGUGUGCUGUAGAGGUAUAUGGUUUUUAAUGUGCUGUUACAGCUGUGCAAAUGUGUUGGUUGAAGAAUAAAAGUGGUAUUGUUAUUA